AAUUGACCAGACACAACAAGCUCGUUCGUGACUUGGCUAGACAAAGCCAACUAGUAAAAUCAACUCCGAUUUUUUUUUUUUCUCCCAGCAACUUUUUUCAUUCUAUAAAAGGCCUUAUUCGGCAGAGUAACAAGCCACGUACCAUAAUCACCUUCUUCUCUUCUCUGCUUUUCCACUCCUUCUCCUCACUCACCCCUCCCUUUUAUUUCCAUUGUUAUUCUGCCUAAGCAGUUUCUUCCAAACUUCCUUUUACAUUUCCAAUUUCUCUAUUCUAUCAAAAGGGUUUGAACUUUGAAGGGAAAGGAAGAAAGAUAUGAUGACGAACCAAAAUGUGGUGACUCAUGAGGUUAUUAACACGUUGAUUGCCGUGGCAGCUUCCAUUUCAAACUCAACCGCGUUGCCAAGUGCAACAGUGCCAGAAUCCAUGGCUGUGCUUGGUGGGUUUUGGGGGCUGCCCCAUAAUAAAAAUCUUGUGAAAAGGUUGGAAGGAGCUAAAGUUAGUGCUUGGAUUGAUUCAAUGAGAGCUUCUUCCCCAACUCGUGCCAAAUCAGAAAGCCAAGAAAAAAGAUCUUGGAUUCUUUAUCACCCUUCAGCUCUGAACACGUUUGAGCAAAUAGUAUGUAGUGCCAAAGGAAAGCAAGUCGUAGUUUUUCUUGACUACGAUGGAACUCUCUCCCCAAUUGUUGCAGAUCCGGAUAAAGCUUUCAUGACUAGAAAGAUGAGAGCAACGCUAAAGGGCAUAGCAAGGCAUUUUCCCACAGCAAUAGUGACCGGAAGGUGCAGAGACAAGGUAUAUAACUUUGUAAAAUUGGCAGAACUUUACUAUGCCGGAAGCCAUGGCAUGGACAUCAAGGGUCCAACAAAAAGCCAAAGUCCAAAGCAAGGUAAUAAUAAUAAAGCAGUGCUGUUCCAACCCGCGAGUCAAUUCCUGCCAAUGAUCGAUGAGGUGUACAAGAUCUUGUUAGAAAAAACAAAGACUGUCCCAGGGGCUAAUGUUGAGAACAAUAAGUUUUGCUUGUCCGUGCACUUUCGUUGUGUUGACGAAAAGAGUUGGGCAGCGUUGGCGGAGAAAGUUAGAUUGGUGCUCAAUGAUUACCCACAACUUAGGCUAACCCAAGGGAGAAAAGUGCUAGAGAUUCGUCCAACCAUCAAAUGGGACAAGGGCAAGGCUCUUGAAUUUUUGUUAGAAUCAUUAGGAUACGAGAAUUCGAAUGAUGUAUUUCCAAUAUAUAUUGGUGAUGAUCGAACUGAUGAGGAUGCUUUUAAGGUUUUGCGCAGUAGGGGUCAAGGAAUUGGGAUUCUUGUUUCUAGAGUUGCAAAAGAAACAGAUGCUUCCUAUACCUUGCAAGAUCCAUCAGAGGUUGAGCAAUUCUUGCGGCGUCUGGUGGAGUGGAAAAGACCGAGUACUGUGACUCCCACAAGUGUAUAGAGAGUUUGUAGAAUGUAGAUGAUCACUUCAAAGAAUAGACACCACCACCACCUUAGAAUGGUGAAGAGGUGGAUCGAAUUGUAUCACUUUUUUUUUUUUUUAUUGUUGAAAAUGGAAAUAGCACUAUUCCAUAAUUUAAAUUUAUUAAGGACAAAGUCCGAACAAAUAGAUUCCUACACACGUUUGCAUGCGCAUGCGGAUAGUGAAAGGCAGAUGUUUUAUGCCGCAGUUGCAAAUGGCCCGUCAACUUUGUUGCUAAGAAUUGUACUUAUCGUACAUGUGGCCAAUAUAUUCUGAAAAAGAUUACUACAAUCUCCAACUUCAAAAGCUGAUUUAGACAUUCAGAAA